AUGCUCAUAGUAGGAAUGACUGGAAGUGGCAAAACUCAGUUCCUACUUAAUAUGCUAGAAACAGAGUACAAUAGAGUAUUCGAUUACAUUGUCAUUAUAUGUCCAACAAUAGAGUGGAAUAUGACUUACAUUAAUUGGGCUCAUAUUAGUGAUCACGGAGUUAUUCAGAUUCCAUGCUCACAAGAAAUGAUCAAUCUUGUUCUCAAGGCAGUGUCCACCAUAUUCCGCGGUACUCAAACUCUCAUUAUAGUGGACGAUUGUGCGGCAAGUCAAGAUGUAAAGAAAAGAGUCUCAGAACUGAUACGUCUAGCAUUCUCCGCAAGACAUUACAACAUAUCUGUCAUUGUACUUACCCAACAAUUGUCAUCA